GGGUGCAGGGAAAGUGCAGGGAGUGGGUGGAGAGAGGGAGAGAGAGUGCAGGGAGAGGGUGGAGAGAGUGCAGGGAGAGGGUGGAGAGUGCGGGGAGAGUUCAGGGAGAGAGUCUAGAGAGGGUGGAGAGAGAGAGAGAGGGAGAGAGUGAACGUGGAGAGCGCACGACGCGUCAUGGAUGCGGGACACGAGUCGUCUUCGUGGCUCCGCCGCUUCUGGAUGCGCAGCUCGGUUGGGCGCUAGGAUCACAGCAACAACAACAACAACCACAACAACAACCACAACAACAACCACCACCACCACCAACCACCUCGUUCUCAACCACCGCGACCAUCAUCACAACCUCUUCGAGCGCAAAGCAGCGUGGACAUGCUGGACAUGGGCGAUCAGCGCGCAGAGAGGAAGGCCGGACCCAAGACGACGUCCUUCACCAUCGACAGCCUCCUGCCCGAGACGGUCCAACACUCGCUACCGCCGCCGCCCUUAUUGCACCACCAAAACCACAACCACCACCACCAUCACCACCACCACCAGCACCACCACCAGCAGCAGCAGCAACAGCAGCAGCAUCACCACCAGCAUCAUAGGCCGCUAAGUAGCAGCGGUCGACUGUCCGCCGUGGAUAUCGCCGCACAGCAACAACAACAACAGCAACAACAGCAGCAGCCGUCAUUCCGGGUGAUCUCCGCUGUGCGCGAACCGAUCGUGAAUGUCGACGGUGUGAGCAGCGGCAACAGCAGCGGCAGCAGCAGCAGCAGCAGUAGUCGCCCGGGCAGUCCGGAGGCGGGGAGGCGGGUCGACUCGAAGCCAGCGACGGGAGGAGGUGCCGCCGCGCACGGCGAGGAAGCGAGGCCGCGUAGCCCGGAGCGCAAAGGCUCCGUCGAGAAGGACAUCGGUGUAGCUGUGCCAACAGCAGCAGCGGCAGCAACAGCAGCAGCAGCGGGGGCUGUCGGUAGCGGAGGAGGCGAGACGGGCAAAGACGGAGAGAAGAAGAACGGCAAGUACGAGAAGCCUCCGUUCAGCUACAACGCGCUCAUCAUGAUGGCCAUCAGGCAGAGUCCCGAGAAACGGCUCACGCUCAACGGCAUCUACGAGUUCAUCAUGACCAACUUCCCCUACUACCGCGAGAACAAGCAGGGCUGGCAGAACUCGAUCCGGCACAACCUGAGCCUCAACAAGUGCUUCGUGAAGGUGCCGCGCCACUACGACGACCCGGGCAAGGGCAACUACUGGAUGCUCGACCCGUCGAGCGACGAUGUCUUCAUCGGGGGCACCACCGGCAAGUUACGUCGGCGUUCCACCACGUCGCGGGGCAAGCUCGCCUUCAAGCGGGGCGCCCGCUUCGCCCCGGCUGCCUUCGCGUUCAUGGAGCGCGGCAGCUCGCUGUACUGGCCCGUAUCGCCGUUCCUCUCGCUCCACCACCACCACCAUCACGCUCAGCAGCAGCAGCACCACCACGCGCACCAGCCGCAGCACCAUCACCACCACCACCACGCGCACCACCAGCAGCACCAUCACGCGCAGCAGCAUCACCAUCACAUCGUCGCGGGAGGUGGCGGCGGCGGUGGUGGUGGUGGCGUCGGAGGAGGAGGAGGAGGGGUUGUCGGCGGUGCUGCAGCUGCUGCGUCGGCGCUCAGCUACGCGUGCGCCGCGUCGCCCUACACCGCCGGCCACCACCACCACCACCACUCGGCCGCGGCCGCCGCCUGCCGCUGCCGCCUACGGCUCCGUUCUCUCCCAGAGCUCCUUGGGCGGCGGGGGAGGCGCGGGCGGAGGUGGAGGAGUAGGCGGAGGGUCGUCGGGCACGGCGGGUGGGUCCGGAGCGGGCAGCCUGACCGUCGAGAGGUUGGUGGGUGGCGACCUGCAGCCCUACGCGUCCCACCACCUCUCGGCAGCCGCGGCCCUGGCCGCAUCCGUCCCGUGCGCCACGGCUGCCGCGGCCGCUGCGGCUGCGGCGGCGGCCGCGGGAGGGCCCUACGGAGCCCUGGGGCCGUGCUCGGUCGGCCUUCUCGCUGCCGGGCAGGGCGGCUACUUCUUCCCGCACAUGGGCGCCGCGGCUGCAGCAGCGGCAGCCGCGGCCGCUGCUGCGGCAGCCGCGGGCGGAGGAGGUGGUGGUGGUGGUGGUGGAGGUGGCGGGUCGAGCAGUCAGGGAAUCAUCCAAGGUGCCGGCUCGCCCCCGCUGUCGCAGUCGAGCCCGCACUCUGGCGGGUUGAUUCCCGGCUGCGAGGUGCUGAGAGGGCCGCUGUCUUCGUUUCACGCGGGACUGCCCGGUGGACUGGCGGGCUAUUUCGCGCAGCAUCAGACGGGACAUUCAGCCAACAGUCUCUUACACUGACGGUGGUGGUGGUGAUGAUGGUGGCGGUGAUGAUGAUGAUGGUGGUGAUGGUGGUGAUGAUGGUGAAUGUUGCUUCACCACCCCCCCCCAACUCCCCACCAAAUUCACCCGCAAUGUCUGCGUCCUUCCACCUCGUCCGUCAUCAUCAUCGUCGGCAGCUCUCACCGUUCGCCCACCCCCCCCCCCCCCCCCCCCCACGUGUGCUCCUGUAAGUUCGUAUUUUGUACAAUAUACUAUAUAUAAAUACGUCAGUCGUCUAUUUUGUUUGUAAUAUGUUUCUUUAACUUGUGUUGUUGAUCAAUAUUCGAUGCCAUGCAGUUUUAUUUAUGAACACUCUUAAACGGGGAAACGGAACGAGGGAAAUGAGACUUGAGCUUAAAAAGAAAUCGUCAAGCUGCGAUAUCCACUCGUUCACUGACGCGUUCAUUCACACACUGACGCACUCAGAGACUAACAAACUCACUCACAGACUCACAAACUCACUCACAGACUCACAAACUCACUCACAAACUCACUCACAGACUCACAAACUCACUCAAAGACUCACACACUCUACAAACCCACUCAUAGAAUCAAACUCACUCGGACUCACAGACCGACCCACAGAACCAGAAACAGACUCACUCACAGACUCACUCACAGACUCGCACCGAUUCUCACACCGACUAAUUCACGGGCCUAACUCACUCGCUCACAGAGACGAGGACUCACGAAGGAUUGACAAUUGCCUAAAUCUGUCCCGUGUCGCCAUUGAAGUGUUGUAGGAAAUUGUAUAUGAUUUACCGUCAUAUAUUUGUCAUUCCGUGUUUUCCCAAGUCUCUUAGCGAAUAUAUUAUAAAUAUAUUAUUGUUAAUAUUAUUGUUAUUAUAUUAAACACGUUACCGAUGGAAAUGUA